ACCCCUAAUUAAUUUCUAAAAGAAGAAGAAGUUCUUUCUCCCUAUCAGACAAAGCUGAGGGCUAAAAGCCCACAGGAGCAUAUUGACAGACGUAGUAUCGCAGCAUGGCCGGGGAAGGCGAAAAGAAACCGGUGCUUGAAAUGGUCCAGGCUGACGGGGCCGACGACGGCUGCGUGACGUUUGUGAUGCACGACGAGGACCACACGCUGGGCAACUCCCUCAGAUAUAUGAUCAUGAAGAACCCAGAAGUGGAGUUCUGCGGCUACACCAUCACGCAUCCCUCAGAGAGCAAGAUCAACUUCCGCAUCCAGACGCGAGGAGGCGUUCCUGCGGUGGAGCCGCUGCGAAGCGGCCUCAACGACCUGCAUGACGUUUGCCAACAUGUCCUCAACACCUUCCAGGCGAGAGUUGCCGAGUUUAAAGAAGGCCAGGAGCAACCUAUGGAAUAAACAUCGCAACGGGAACCAUAAAGACUCAACUUCACCCAACUCCUUCUUCUCUUCAGAAGUCCAGGAAGUUUUCACGUCUUAAAUACUUGUACAGUUUAUUUUUUAAAAAUGUAAUUAUGUAAGGGAUUCAUAACGUGCGGUAAACGCGUAUCAAUGUUGCUUUUCAUUCCCGCGCCGCCUGGCUGGCGAGCAAAAACACUUGCAAUGAUAAAAACGGGCCUACAAGAGCUUUCCUUCCUUCCCUCGCUCGGGCGUCGGACUCGUUCUGGGACAUUUCACUUCACGACUCGUGCAACGGCAUUUUUGAAAGGCGCUCGGAUUCGAACGUCUGAAUCUCCUGACGGGAGCGAGGAAAGUUCUGGAAGCUGAUAUAUCCUUAUUAGCAGAGGAAUGCGGAGCCGGGCACUUGAAACUGAGCUGGAGGGACGGCAGGUCAAAUGAGGGAGGAGGGGGAAAGAAGUGUGAAUAAUAAGCUUGAAGGUGGUCGAGGGUAAUCGCAUCACAUGUUCAGGAUGUUUCAACAAAGAAAAGACGACUCAUUUAACAAAAUAAAUGGGUCCCGGAAGAUUUUAGAAGAGUUUUCUGUAGCUGAAAUUUUAGAGAAAUAAAGUGUUUUUGUGUCAGAGAACCAUGUGAAUAGCUCAAUAGCGUCAUGUCUGUCAGGUAACGAAGCUGGAGCCAGCGCUGGAAAGCUUUAUGUAAACAGCUGGAACGGUGGGAAACUGAUCGUUUAACGUUCACAGUUUGUGUUCAGAUCCCAUCGAGGUUCGUUAGUAAUUUAUGUUAAAUGUUUGUUUAAUAUGAAAAAAUCCUUUUGGAAGACUUUGAAGAGACGUUGUCUUCCCCCCCCCCCCCUGAAUUUAAAAAAAAUCUCUUCUUCUCUAACUCAUUUCCUUUAAAUCCAUCCAUCCAUCGUCUGCCGCUCGUCCAGCAUCGGGUCGCUGGCGGUAAAAAGGGCAGGAAGGAUACCAGAUUCCAAGUUGUUUAGGCAACAAAUGCCUGCCAAGACUUAAAAAAAAAUUGACUUUAGCAGCGUUUCUUUUAUCAACAGUAACAGGGUAAAGUUGUUCAGUUCAUCUGGAACUCAACGGCUUUUGCCGUAAAGCAACAAAAGGAGAAAUUAAAGCCACAUUUUAUUCUACUACUGUCAGUCUGAGACCGCUCUUUACGUCGAUUAAAUGUAGAAAUACACAAUCUGUCAGAUACGUUGGAAAAGGUUGCUAAGAUUUCUUUUGGAAAUGCUGGGUGGAUGCAUCUCAAAUUUGACGAUCAUCAAAAGUUUGUACAUUUUAGUAAGUUAUUUACUGAUUCUCAAACCUGGAUAACUAAGUCAAGUCAACAUUCCUUCCCCUGGUUGUGUAGGCUUUUUUGUUUUAUGUUUUAACUCUUGAAUACGAUGCCAAUAUCAAACUUAGUUUUAUAUGCCUAUAGUUAAAGGUAGAGAUUACUUCAACUUCAAGUAGUUUGAACUUGAAACCAGAAAUGCACAUGUUUAUGUAAAUAAAAAUGCAACUUUUCUUCCCCUCUGCAUCCAACAUUAAGUCAGGCUAAACUUUCUUUCUUUCAGUCGAUCAGAAUAGCUUAGAUGUUUUUCUAUUUACUAAAUGCCAGACUAGUGCUAAAAAACCUAUUACCUCCAAUGUUUUUUCUGCAGUAAGAUUACUGUCCCUUUUCUCACUGUACCAACAUAUCAGCAAAGUAAUGGGUCAUAUGAGUUCAGUUUCUAAUUGAGCAAAGUGACCGUUUUUGAAGUGACCGUCACUGAACCCUAAUGAGGAAACGACGUAUUUUUAAGUCACUUUCCAGACAGAAAUCUAUCAAAGUGCGUCACCACAAACUGUAAAAACAGAACGGUGCAUGAAGCUUUAGUUAAAACUAAACAAAACAAUAAAAAUUGAGAACCUAGCUUACCAAAACUACUCCAGCUCUAACAGGAACGGGCCAGAACAUUACUUAGAAUAUUUCAACCAAGUCAUACAGUCAAAGGAAAUAUAUUUUACGUCCGAAUUUCGUGUUAUCAAACUGUUUUCUUCCUCGUCAUCCUGCAAAUAGAAAUAACUUAGGUGAUCCUGUGCAGUGAUUGGGUCGUGUGGUUUUGUGCAGCAUUCUUACACAUCUGGUUUCAACUGUAUUUAUGUUUUUGGCAGAUGUGCAUGCUGCUGUCGAGCCCAUUUUUUCUUUUUUUCAGCAAUGAAUUCUUUCUUCUGUUAGAGAAUAAGUCUUUGGUUUCAAUAGAUUAAACAUAUCUUUUUCGGUUUGUUUUCGUCGCCAUCGGGAGCCUGGAGUUGGUUACAGACUGGCGCACGUGAUGACAGGACUCGAGAAGCCGGCGUUUGUUUUUCAAAAAUAAUAAAAAUCUUACUGAUCCCGAAGGGACUUUACAGUUAAAUGUGCCAGACGUGCGAGGAAAUGAAAUUCUUAAACCUGUCCCAAUUUCAAAACAACCCAAAUCGGUCUGGGAUUGGAACAAGAUUCAUAUCGACGCCUGUUCACGGAGCGGCUCAUCUGUCCCACGGGCCGCACACCGAAGCAGGGUUCAGAUCUCUACGUGAAGUGGCUUAUGCAACGCCUUACGUGUUUUUUUUUUUUUGGUGUCACAAAUUUCAAGGUUUAGUGCAAGCGGAAUAAAGAGCCACGUUUCGACUUAUUCGAAACA